GCUUGUCAAUCUAUGGGACCUGCGAAUACAUGUUUCCCCAGUCUAAUCAGAUUGUUUCUGAAGGUUUCUUAGGAAGUUAACAAUUGUUCCAUUCUUCUGUGAACAGCAUCAUAUGUUAACAAUUGUAGUUUCUGGACAAGCGAGAUUUACAUCAAGCAAACUUCGCACCUUCUAAUGUUGUAUAUCUACGUAUAGAAUCGUGGAAGAGAAACUCUCACACAGCUUCAGAUCUGAUCUUCUAUUUUCACGAAGAUGAGUGGUCAGAACAACAACCAACGUCCCCCAGGCGGUGGCCAACAGGCUCCGCCUCUCGCUGCAGCUGUUCCUCUCACAACCCUUUUGGACGCGCCAGCAAUUAGCUUUGCCGAACUUCAACGCUCUGCCCCUACUCCACACGCUUCUACGUAUACAGCUGGGAACACAGUGGCCGUCAAUCCAGGACUUGCCUCAAAGCUGUCAAGUUAUGAGGGUAACCUCAAGUAUCCAGUCAGGACAGGACUCCGGGCCAUGACGAACAAGAACGAAGUGCUUGCGAACUACUUCAAAGUCUCCAUUGAUCCGAAAACUGUCUUUUACGAGUAUCAGAUUCUGAACAUUCCGGAGUCAGAGUCACGCGCCGGCAGAAAGCGCUACAUGGCGACCGCUGUUCAGGCAGUGCCGUUCCUGAGAAACAAUCAGAACAACUUUGCUACCGACAACAUCGGCACCAUCAUCUCUUGGUUCUACGUCCGCGAUUCUUUCUUCGAUCUACGAACGAACGAACGCAAUGCUAUCGCCCCUCUCCGUGCCAUGAGAGGAUACUCGUACAGAGUCAAACCCACAAUCGGAAAUAUCCUUCUCAAUGUCAGUCCGGCAAAUAGCGCGUUCUGGAGGCCUUUACUAGUUAGCGAGGUUCUACAAAACGGCAGCGGGCCAUUUGGGGGUUCUCUCGACAAUGUCAAGAGAGCCCUUAAAAACGUACGUGUCUAUGUCAAUUACGCUCGCGAUGGGAACGACACUAAGUGCAAGCAUCCCAAUUGCAAAAAUUCCAAUUGCAGGGGUGCCAAAAGCAAGGACGCUAAAUCGCAGAGUUCUAGUAUGAACGCUCAACACUUCAGAAUUAAGACGAUCCAGGGUUUCGGGUUGGCAUGCAAUGUCGAAAAGUUUGAGUGGGAGCACAAGGAUGUUGACGGCGUCGUCAUUCCGGCUCAUACUACUGAUGUUACUGUGCAACAGUACCAGCAAGCGCAGUACGGUCGGGUCCUCCAAUUUCCUAGCUCGCCAGCGGUGAACAUCAUCAUGAACUUCGGAGAGCUUAUACUUGAUCUUCUUCGAGACUGGCACAGACUCCACCGGACAUUUCCGAAGAACGUACUGUAUUAUCGCGAUGGUGUGAGCACGAGCCAGUAUGACGAAGUCAUUGAUAAAGAAGUUUCAACAAUUCAAAAGGCCUUCGCUGCCCUCGCUACACAGCUAAAUAUGGAACAGGUGCCCAGAUUCAAGACGACGGCGGUGAUUGUUACCAAGCGACAUAGCACUCGCUUCUUCCCCCGCUAUGAAAAAGACGCGAUGAACCACAACAGCAACUGCAAACCAGGACUCCUCGUGGACAAUGUGAUUACUUCACCUUACUUCGCCGACUUUUAUCUGCAAUCACACAAUGGCAUCAAGGGUACUGCGCGGCCUUGCCACUACUUUGUGCUGCGGAACGAAAUGGAGAUGACAACAGACGAGUUACAAGACCUGACGCAUAAUCUCUGUCAUACCUAUGUCCGAGCUACAUUGGGCGUAUCCUACGCCUCGCCCGCCUACUACGCCGACCGCCUAUGUGAACGCGGACGCUGCUACCUACGCGCCUGGUACAAUCCCGACAACCAGCACCGUGGAGACUACGACACACAUCGCAAGAAAGUCGAGGAGUUGGUUGAGACCGAGCGCAAGCGCCCACAACGUGGCAAGAACCAGAGAAAGACUGUUGAAGAGAUCAAGGAAGACAAGGAGGAUGCAGAGAACGUCAUCAAGCAUAUGGCGAAUUGGAUGAGGGACGGGAUCCAGGCCAGAUGGGACCAAUCCCCGGCUCAAGUUGUGAAAGACCACUCAGGUGGCCGGAUAAGGUUCGAGAACUGGCGACGUACCAUGUACUGGAUGUGA